CAAAAGCUCCGCGGGCUCCAAACCCGCCGCCUUACCUCGACACCAGCGCGAUGCAAUUCCGCCGCCAUGCGCUCCUCCGCCACAGCAUGCACAUCGUGCAGCAACACCCAUUGAAGGCCACCGCCGCCUCGCGCGGGCUCCUCACCACAUCCACACUUCUCCGCACCACCACCGCCGCCACCCCCACCACAACUACCAACAACAACAAUGGCCGGCGCAAUUAUGCCUCGGCUACCGCGGUGAAAGAUGUUGCCGUGCUGGGAGGCGGGCUCACUGGCCUCGCUAGCGCGCACUUCCUCGCGCGCGAGCUACCGCACGCUAAGAUCACGGUGUAUGAACGCAGUGCGCGCGUCGGGGGGUGGCUACACAGUGUGCGCAAGCCGGUGCCGGGCGGGGGAGAGGUGGUGUUUGAGCAGGGACCGAGGACGAUUCGGCAAGCGAACACGGCGCUGGCUAUGACGCACUUGAUUCAAGAUCUCGGGUUGACGAACGAGGUCAUGUAUACCUCGAGGAAGUCACCGGCUGCCCUGAACCGCUAUAUCUACUACCCGAAUCACUUGGUGCUGAUGCCCGGGCCUUCGCAGAACCUAUACGCUAGCUUGUAUCGGCUGAUGACGGAGCCGAUAUUCAAUGGAUGGAUGAAGGGCUUCUUCGGCGAGGUAUUCCGCCAACCUCGCAGCGAGGACGUUGAGGACGAGUCGGUGGCCGAGUUCCUCAGUCGCCGCCUUGGCGGGUCAACCCUUCCGGACAACCUGGCUUCGGCGGUCAUGCACGGCAUCUAUGCGGGCGACAUCUAUAAGCUCAGCGCCAAGAGCCUGUUGCCGUUUCAGUGGUGGUUGGAGAGAAAGCAUGGCGGUCUGCUCAAGGGGCUGGUGGAGGUGCAGAAGGAGCCUGGUGUCCCCGUCCCGGUCAGAGACGCAGAAUUCAUGCAGAGCUUCGAGAACGGGCCGGCCCUGGCACCGGACUUCUGGGCGAAGCUGAAAGACGCGAGCGUCUUCUCUUUCAAGGGCGGCAUCCAGACUCUCAUUGACGGGCUGGAAAGCUCGCUGAGGAAGCACAAGAACGUCACCAUCAAGCAAAAUGUGGGCAUCAAAGGGCUAGAGAAGGACGCGACCACUGAGAGAGUCAAGGUGUGGACGCACGACUCUGCCUCUCCCACAAAGCCCGACUCCCUGAAAACGCACGACUUCAUCGUCUCAACCCUCCAGGGUGCGGCCUUCUCCGCCAUCGCAUCCCCACAGGGCAAGCCCUCACUCGUCCCCUCCCUCGGCGACAUCCCCGCCACGACCGUCAUGGUCGUGAACCUAUUCUUCCCGUCGCCGGCCCUCACGCCAGUGCGCGGCUUCGGCUACCUCAUCCCACGCAGCGUGCCAUUCGAGCAGAACCCAGAGCGGGCGCUCGGCGUCAUCUUCGACAGCGACGCGCUACCCGGGCAAGACACGGCGCAAGGGACGAAGCUGACGGUGAUGCUAGGCGGCCACUGGUGGGACGGGUGGCCGAGCGAGGCCAUCGACGCCGCGGCCGAGGACGGCGUCGCGGCCGCGCGCACGGUGCUCGCCCGCCACUUGGGCAUCACCAUGGACCCCGUCGCGAGCCAUGUCGCCGUGCACAGAAACUGCAUUCCGCAGUACACGGUUGGGCACUCGGCGCAGCUGCAGAGGGCGCAUCAGGACCUGCGCCGCGCGUAUGCGGGCCGCGUCGUCGUGGCCGGGAACUCGUAUACGGGUGUCGGCGUUAAUGACUGUGUCAGGGCGGCGCGGGAUGUCGCGAUGCAUGUCGGCGCCGAUGGCAUCAUGCCGAAUCGCACUGGGCUGGAGAUGUUUGCGGAGAAGCAGCAGUGGACGCGCAUGAAGUCGCCUGUGAAGAUUGGUGGAGGGGGCGCGUAGAUGGAUCUGGAUGGUUUAUAGAGGUGAUAGAGGCCCUGCCUCGCAAAAUACGCAUGUGCUGUUUGGUUUGGUCUGUUGCCUGGUUUUUGCGAUGAUGGUGUGACUGAUCGAAAGAGAAGGCAUUGGAGUUGUGUUCUAGAAAUUCGUGCCGCGGGACUUCGGUGCUGUUUGUCCGUUAAGUCUAUGCCAAUUCUAUGCGGCCAGUUGACGAGGAAACUCUAACCCGCC